AUGUUCCGUCCAACUGGGCUAUUUUUCCCAAAGGUGGGAUGUGAGGAGAUCACUCGCAAGGCAAGAAGGGUGCAGCUGCGGCCCAUGGAAUACAUGGCGCAGCACCGGAUGCAAGCGUGGCAACUGCGCUUCAAGGAAAUGGGCCCUCCCUUCUCGAGAGUUUGGGUUGCUCUCGGAGGCAAAAUGCGGCGACGGCGUAUUGGUCGCCAUGUGGAUGUGAAGGAUUUGCGGUAUUACUGGAGACCCAUAGAGCCGCAGUACCAGCGCCUGUAUAUGUCCAGGCUGCGAGCUCACGAUCACUCAAAUAAGAGAAGGCAGCCCAUGCGUCUUCGGGCAACAAACUACGAGAUUGGACGUGUCACCAGUUCCAUUGAAUGGGAGAGGGCCUCGAAUAGGAAGUACGGUGCCCGCCUGGCGCCACCAAAGAGACUCGACUUUGAGUUUCGCGUUUUUUGA